AGAGAGUUGAACCCAGAGUCACUUCACUGGUUAUUGUCGAGGAUAUCAGAAGCUGCAAAAAUGGUUGAGAAAUUUGUUGGGACGUGGAAGAUGAUUUCCAGCGAUAACUUUGAUGACUACAUGAAAGCAAUCGGUGUGGGAUUUGCGACCCGGCAGGUGGGGAAUCGCACCAAACCCAACUUGGUGGUGAGCGUGGACGAUCAAGGGUUUGUAUGCUUGAAGUCUCAGAGCACUUUCAAAACCACUGAGAUCAAGUUCAAGCUAAACGAGCCAUUCGAAGAGACGACCGCAGACGAUAGGAAGACCAGGACCGUGGUGACUCUGGAGAACGGGAAACUUGUGCAGAAACAGUGCUGGGAUGGCAAAGAGACAAAUAUCGAGAGGGAGAUCGAAGAUGGGAAAUUGGUAGCGAAAUGCAUUAUGGGUGAUGUGAUCGCAGUGAGGACAUACGUGAUGGAGGCAUGAUUGGCUCCCUUCAGCCCACUCGUUGGAUGCAUUGCUGGAUGACAGGCUCAGUUCAAUGAGCGUUAUACCAAACUAAAGUAAAGGCGUGUUCUUCUCUUACUACUCUUUAUCUUCACUGUUUUUACCAAAAUAAAUCCCUGUGCCUCUGUUCUCCAACAUGACGCAUUUGGUUUCAUUUGGAAUUGUUGUGGUGAUUUGAAUAAAAAUCAAUGAAAAUUUCUCAAAA